AUGAUCCUAGCUGUCGAAUGCAGCUUGAUCUUAAUCAGAGGAAUGAAGGUUCUACUGGGAUUCUCGAAAGAGCUCCUUUUGUUCUUCUCUUUGGUUUGGAGUGAGAGGAAGUAUCGGAAGGUGCCUUGUUCAGCACACUCCUCUGCUUUGCUUUGCUUUUCCGAGACCAGCUAUUUGCGAUCGAAGUUGAAUAGUUCCUAUGAAGAUGCGUCGGACCGUUCCCUAAAUUAUUCACUUCCUCACAACCGAGCCCUUCGAGUCUUUGUCCUGAAAACAGUUCCUUCUUCGCAUCUCUCAAGUGAGAAGGAUUUGGUCUCAUCUCUUCCUCUCCUUUUAGUCGAGACUCUUCCUGGAAAGCCUAAACCCUCACUCUUCCAAGUGGACAUCAAUCCCGGAAUAGUAAACAAAAAGAGGCUUGCAGGUCUAGUCGCAUACCCCUAUCGUCUUAUUGUUCUAUUCGUUGCAGUGGUAAACUCAUUGAAUACUCAAAUAUGGUUUAGUCACACCCUUAGUGUACAUUCUGAUUCAAUAGCAAACAGAGCAUUCUUUGCUUCUGAUUCCAUUCCUGAAAACAAUUCUAUCGGCGAAUCGAGGAACUCUCCCCACAGCUUUGCUUAUUCGUGCAAAGAUCCAGCAUUCCUUCACUUAUCAUAUAGAAUAACGAUCGACAAGUCCAGAGUGUGCACCAACGAGAGAUUGAAGUACGCUUGCAAGAUUCUCCGAAUAGCAGCAUUCUUCUCUACUAUGUGA